UCAUCGUCCAAAAUGGCAGACCGAACUCGAGCAGAAAGUAAUCCAACUACUCCUAAUGAAAAUGCAAUUUAUCAUGAAGUUUCACCAACUUUGGUAUUCAUUACCAAGAUGAUUGGUGUACUGACUGCAGUUAUGAUGGUGAUAACUUUUAUUCUGUGUGUGGUGCGAGGCUCCAUAAAUGAUUCCUAUUAUUUACUAGCAACCAAUAUUGUCAUAAGUGCUAUUGUUGGACUCACUGUGAGUUGGUGGUACAGAAACGGUGAUCUGUCCUCAGAUAAGACAUGGUUUUUAAUCGUGGUAGCUGCCGUCAUCACAUUCCAGUGUAUAACAUCCGAUAUCUACGUCUUCCAUGAAACACCUGUCGCGCCUACGACAAGUCCAAUACCGAAUACGACGAGAUUUACACUGAUUCCAUUAAACACGACACGACCUCGUUUUCAGCUGAACAACCCAUUGACAACGCCAUCACCAUGAAAUAGAUGUUAUAGCUGUUUUUCGAAAAGGUUAACGAUUGUUAAAAAGUGAAUUUGUAGUUGGCCGGUAAAGUGUUUUUCAUAUCGAUCUGACUAAAGGUAGUUGAACUCUGGAAUGUGACAAUAUCACAUUUACUGAAAGAUAGUUGCGUUGCACAAUACUAGGUUAUCUUAUUAGGGUAGGCCUGUAAACCAAUGCUGAAGAAACAGAGUACAGCUCUAUCACAGUGUCAUCUAAAGCGGGCUGCCUAGGGCUGUGUAACAAUACUUUUUGCGAUCGCAUUAUUACAGCUUUGUGACAAGAGGUCAGUCAAGUAUCUCUAGCCAGAUCAUCAAGAACACUUUGGCCACCAGUUAUGGCUAAAGAAGCCCUCAUCGUUAAAGUAUUCCCGAAAAUGAAAUACUUAUCAUCAUGUUUAUCAAUUUGCUUGUACGCAUUCCAUGCUACAGCAACUGUAGAAGUUGCAUGCUGCCGCGAAAAAGCCUUGAUUUUUAUUUGUAAACAUGUAUGGUCAGGCAUUCUAGCCACUGGAUGAAUAGGUCAGCCAACGUUGGGUUAUCAUAUUACCUGAGUGACUUGACCAGCCCAAUUAUUGGAACAAUAAUUAUCAUUUGCCAGCGCCACAAAAAGCUUCUCUGCUAUGCACUAUACCGCUGGCUCAGCAGUAAUCCAUGCCAUUCCUGUUUUUGUUCAUGAUGGCUGGUUAUCAACUUUUCCAGUGCCUAUGAGUUUUGCCAGAAGUAAAUAUCCACAACGUUUUGGUCCGCUGAGCAGAAAUUACUCUGACGAUUUCUUCAAAAAAUUUCUUAAAUAUAAUUUUGAGACCCACCGCAAUUUCUAGUUUACAGAUUUACGAAUCAAAUAUUAGGAAGAAUGGUGCUUGUUGGAGAGAAUUACUUUUUUAUAUGUUUUGGCUGAAAAGCCAAAAAUAGAAAUCCCCUGAAGAUAGGCCGGCUGGCUAGGACAAGAACCUUUCCCAUACUUGCUAUGAAGAAAUACAAUUGUCCUAAGAGCGGAUGUGUUUUUACAAAUACAGUAGAACCUCUCUAUUAAGGACAGCCUUGGGACUGAUAAAUACUGUCCUUAAUAGAGAGGUGUCCUAAUUAGAGAGCUCAAAUUGAUUGGAAACAACCAAUUAGGGACCAAAACUCGUGUCCUUGAUUGAGAGGUUGUCCUUAAUAGAGAGGUGUCUGUUAAGGGACGUUCCACUGUAUUUCAAUAUUUCCAAAUUUCAUCCAAGGCCAUCAUGACAGAAUUGUCCAAGUCAUAUAGUUAUCCUACAUAUACUUGGACACUUGUUAAUGUUAUAUUUGACUACUUGUGCUGUCCAUGUAGAGUAGAAUAUUUAUUCAAGGACACAUAAGUAAUAAGGUACAAAAAGUACCAUUUUUUUGUGAUAUGCUGUAUAUUUAUCAACGUUGUACUUUUUAGUAUUCAUAAGUUGUGACUUCACUGAAAGAAUAAUUCUAUAUUUAAGAAGUACCAUGCUAAAACCAAACAUGAGGUGUACAAAAUGUUUUCAAGAAAUAUUUUUUUACUCCAAUUAGUGCUACAUGUGCAUUUGUACAUGUAUAAUCAAGAUAUAAAUCCGGAAUUGAUAAAGUCUAGUCUUCAUAAAUACUAUUAGUAUAAUCAAAACAGCAGCCUGUAGAUAGCUGUUUAUGGCAGAGUUUUCUCAGAAUGUACAAAAACUCUGAGCAGCAGCCUGUAGAUAGCUGUUUAUCCUUCCACCAGGCUGUCUCCAACAACGUUGUCAGGCAGUUUCGGUAUGGCCACUUUGCUGAAGGAAAUGGGCAGGAGGCAACUUCAGGCCUUAUAUUUUACCAGUUCAGCUCAUCAGAUUUUCAUAAAACUGUUCGACUCAUUUCAAAAUGCAUAUUUUGUGUCGAUGGCAGAGUUUUCUCAGAAUGUACAAAAACUCUGAUUUCAUUGUUUUAGCUGAUUCGAACCUUACAGCAUCAUUCAUGUUAUAUUUAUCUCGCCUGGUGCCCAGAGUGUAGGUGUACAGGGACAAUUUCCCAAGUUGGGGUCUACAGUACAACUAAUCUACAUGGUAUCAGCAGUGUAUGACCAGCAGUAUAUAUCUUGCUUGCUUGCUGCUACAUGUGCUAUAGCCACAUGCAUCCUUAUCAGCUGCAUGGUUCUUGCCAAAUAUUACGUAAAUCUACCUGAGAUGGACCAGGUCCAGAAAAAAAUAGUUGCUGCUUGAGGUUGUUGGUGGCAACUUCCUUUAUUAAUGAGGGGAGCAUUUAUUCAAUCAUUGUAGCCUUGCCUGAGAUGUUUGCUCCAUUAGAAAUGGUGUGAGAAUCACAGUGCAUUUUGAUAUUUCGGUCAUACACUGCUGAUGGUAUCAAUAUUUGCUUGGCAUUGGGUGCUGCGUACAAUCUGUCCAAUUUGUUCUGCUUACAUUUUCUGGACAUGUGCUGUAUUUUUCUGCCAAUCAAUUGUGGUGGGGGUUAAGUUUUUUUGUUCAACAAUAAGAAAGCUCUCAUCAUAAAAAUAUGGUCAUGCAUAGCUUUUGUAAAUUUUUAGACACAUAAAUUAAAUUAUGUCGA